GGAAAUUAAAGGCUGUAGAUUCAGUUAAACUAUAACCCAAACCACCCAUUGUCUUCUUGGUCAGUUUAAUGAUGAUCCGUUUGAUUAUUUAUUAUUAUAAUAGUAAUUAUCAUUAUCCCACUGAUAGAUUAAUCGAAAUAUAGUAAGCUUUUAUAAAAUAGUUUCACAAAAAUAUGGUUAAGAAAAGUGGAAUCGGAAAUGGAAGGAACAAAUGAGAUGGCGAUUUUGGGGCAUAAAAUUCCGGGGAAUGGUGAGGCCUGAAGGGAGGGUCUGGUAUUCAAAGAGUCAUUUCAACCAGAUGUUGCUCUCUGCAUAUUCUUGUUGGCCCUUCCAUUAGAGGGGACCCCUUCUUCUGUUCAGCUGCCCUCUGGGAACAGGAAAUCAUGGAGACUUCCCCAGAUUCUCCAUCUCUUCCAUGCAACAAUGCUGAUGACGAUGCUGCAGAAAUUUCAGAAGGGGAGUUUCUCACCAUUGGAGUCAGAGAGCUAUUCUCUGCCACUUCUCCCUCUCUUUUGGAAGAAGUUCUCCAUUGCUCAGACUCGGCAGCUUUAGGUGUGGAGGGCGAGAAAGUAGAUGAAGCCUCCCCAGCGAGAGGAGUUCCCGAGGAUGAUCUAGAAUCUGAAAGAGCUUCUUCUUCCAAGGCCAGCACCUCAGAUUCUGAUUCUCAAUCUGGUCCUCCAUGGCGUGGUUUCUUCCGCAUACUGACAAAAGCACCUCUGGGCUUGCAUCCUUUCCACACAACCAUGCCUUCCAUCAAGAUCCUCUCAACGAAAAAAAACAUAAGCUCAAUCGAGAACUUGGAUGAGCCAACUCUAGAUCCUGAACUGUGUCGCUUCAAGUCUUCCUGGAAGAAUUUCUCCCUUUCACAGCUCCAGAAUGCAACUAGCAAUUUCAGCGAUGAGAAUUUGAUUGGGGAGGGAGGUUAUUCUCAGGUUUACAAGGGACAUCUAGAAGAUGGGCAACUUGUUGCGAUAAAGCGGCUUACCACUGGAACCCCAGAGGAGAUGACCGCCGACUUCUUAUCUGAGCUUGGCAUUUUAGUCCACGUCAACCAUCCUAACAUUUCUAAUGUUAUUGGGUAUGGAGUUGAAGGGGGUAUGCACCUUGUUCUCCCUUUGUCUCCACAUGGAAGCUUAGCAUCUCUGAUUACAGACGCUAAAGAGAAACUAGAAUGGGGCGUCAGGUAUAAGAUUGCUGUAGGCACAGCUGUGGGCCUUUCUUAUCUUCAUGAAGGUUGUCAGCGAAGAAUCCUCCAUAGAGACAUCAAGGCUGCUAACAUUUUACUUAGGGAGGAUUUUGAGCCUCAGAUUUCUGAUUUUGGCCUUGCAAAGUGGCUCCCAGAGCAAUGGACUCAUCUCACAGUAUCACAAUUUGAAGGCACACUCGGCUAUCUUCCUCCGGAAUUUUUCAUGCAUGGAACCGUAGAUGAGAAAACUGAUGUCUAUGCUUAUGGUGUACUUCUAUUAGAGCUCAUCGCUGGAAGCCUGGCUCUGGACAAGACAAAGAAAAGUCUUGUGAUGUGGGCUAAACCUUUGCUUGCUAAAAAGAAUGUCAGCGAGCUUGUUGAUCCAUCUCUUGCCGGUGCAUACAAUUCGGAGCAACUGAAUUGGAUGGUCCUCACAGCUACUUCAUGUUUGCAAGAGUUUUCAACUGACCGGCCUGAAAUGAGCAAGGUUGUUCGCAUGCUAAAAGGAGAGGAUGUGGGUAGUUUGGAGGAGGAGGAGGAGGAGAAGGAGAAAGAGGAGGAGGCAAAAGAGUCCCGAAGAAGGCCUGUCCUCAAGAGGACAUUUUCAGUGGGGCUUUUCGAUUCAGAAGAACACAAUCCAUCCAGGUACUUGAAUGAUAACCAACCGAUUCAGACGUAGUAAACUGAUGAUUGAUGUUGAUAGAUUGUCGAGAAUGAGGGUAGCAUGACCCUUGGAAUUUGCAUUCUUGCAUAGAGCCGUUUAAAAUGUGCAGUUUUUGUGUUGUGUAUUAGUAACAUUCUUGCUUGAUUGUCAAGAGGGAUCCUGUGGUGCAGGAGAUCACAAGAGAGUAUAGUGUAGAGCAGAGCUUUCAGCUUCGAUGCUCUGAGAUUCAUCUUUGUAUGAGUCUGACUAAGGCUUUUAACUUGCAAUCCAUCCCAGACAUGUUUUCUUUGGAAAAAGAUGUCCUUACCCUAAGUUGAGAUGAUGUUUUGUCUAUCUGAUUGUAAAGUUCAUGUCAUACACUCCCACCAUGUACCAAUUAAUUAAGUCAAUGUUCUUUGGUUGAUAGAGUUUGAGAGGGUAGUUGAAGAACAAAUACUAAAACAUGUCGG